GGUAAGGACAGAAUAUUGUCGUGGGGAGAGAUAUGGAGGAUUUCCGAACAUAAUAUUUCAUGAGAGAUGCUCCAGGAGAAGGGCUCUGCUGUGUCGGACGAGGCUGCCGUGAACGCAGCCCAGCCAACUGGCCUUCCCGAGCUCAGCACCGCCGCCACCGCCGCCUCACACAUGGGUCUGCCUACAGCUCCCAGCAUUCCUAGCAACAGCGAGCCCGAUCAGAGCAUAGAGAACAUCAAGGUGGUCCUUCAUGAGAGAGAGCUGUGGAAAAGGUUCCACGAGGCGGGAACGGAGAUGAUCAUAACCAAAGCCGGGAGGAGGAUGUUUCCCAGCUACAAGGUGAAGGUCACAGGGAUGAACCCCAAAACCAAGUAUAUCCUCCUUGCCGACAUCGUCCCUGCCGAUGACCACCGCUACAAAUUCUGCGACAACAAAUGGAUGGUUGCGGGUAAGGCGGAGCCGGCCAUGCCAGGGCGUCUGUACGUGCACCCGGACUCGCCCGCCACCGGGGCUCACUGGAUGCGGCAGCUGGUCUCCUUCCAGAAGAUGAAGCUCACCAACAACCACCUGGACCCUUUUGGCCACAUCAUUCUCAACUCAAUGCACAAGUACCAGCCCAGGUUGCACAUUGUCAAGGCAGACGAAAACAACGCCUUUGGCUCCAAGAACACGGCGUACUGCACCCACGUCUUCCAUGAGACCGCCUUCAUCUCUGUGACAUCCUACCAGAACCACAAGAUUACCCAGCUGAAGAUCGAAAACAACCCAUUCGCCAAGGGCUUUCGCGGCAGCGACGAGGGAGAUCUGCGUGUGUCCAGGCUCCAGGGGAAGGACUACCCAGUGAUUUCCAAGAGCAUGGUACGUCAGAGGCUCAUCUCCUCACACGGCAAUCUGGCGGGAAAGCUUGGAGUGGGCAUGCUGGGAGGUCACCCGCAGGUCCUCUCCCACUACCAGUAUGAGGGAGGGGUGCCCAUGUCCGGGGGAGAUGGCCAGGAAUCACUCGGGAACCACUUCCCCUCUGGUCGGGAACCUGGACUGCUCUACCACUGCUUCAAGCACAGAGACAACAGCAGCAGGCACCUGGAGCUGGGCUGCAAGCGGCCGUAUCUGGAGACCACCCCCCAGGCCGUGUCAGAGGAGCACUACUUUCGGCCGUCAUCCUCCUACGAGCCUCCCCUGCUGUCGCACCCUUACUGUGGGGAGGCGCUGAGCUCCAGGGAGGCCUGCAUGUACGGAGGUGUGGAAGGGGAGGCUAGUGCCGGCCCAGGAGCCACAGGCGGGGAGGACUUGCCACCGCCCUCUCUGAACUGCAACAUGUGGGCGUCGGUGCAACCGUACCCGCGCUACGGCGUGCAGGCGGUGGACACCGUGCCCUAUCAGCCCUUCGCUGCCCACUUCGGCAGUUCAGGUCCCGUGGUGUCGCAUCACUCGCCCUCCAUGCAGCGCCCACAACCAGCACCGCCGGACCUUGUGUUUGGCACCCAACGAGGUCUACCCCCAGCACCCUCCUACUCCUCAUCCUCGUCUUCUUCCUCUCCUCCCGGACCGACUUCUAGAGAUCGAGCCGGCCAUGGUGCUCUGUACCACCACCAUCACCAUCACCACCACCACCGCAAGGCCGACUCUCCUCUGCGGACCCACAGGGAUUUUACGGGGUUUCCUCACACCCAAAGCCCCCCGACACGUGACUCGGCCUAUCAGUACCAGAUGGGUCUGACCGGGGUAGGAGCUCACUGGACUGAGAGCUAGAGGGGUAUUAUCAACCUCUGGGCGCCACCCGCAUGUGGGUAUGGGGCAGCAUUCAGCGCAUGGUCGGCUUGCCUCUCAGGUGUCAGGGUUGUACCUCUGGGGCGGUGCCUUGAUGCUCCCCUACUGAAACAUUUUGCAGUUGAGAUUACAGCUCUUAGAUAGCCAUAGUCUGGGUGCUGAAUUGCACACUCAAGCCAUAGUGGGUGAGCUGAGUGCAUCAAUCUGUGCAGUGUUUGCUUGGUCUGUGGUUUGUGCCAAUUAAAUAUUUAUUUCAACUUGUUCAUGACGGUGACGGUGGAUGUUUAUACUAGAGGGGAUGAGGAAACAUUGUGCAUUUUGAAAAGUGGGAUGUCUUGAAAAAUAAGCAGAGUGGAACUCGUGGUCUUUUCCACCUUCUCAGUGGAGAGGGAAAACAAGCACAAAAUGUACAAAUUAUGCUUGAGAAUUGAAAAUGUCUGCGGUCUGAAACGUAUCCAUUUGUCUAUAUUACUGUGUACAAGUGAGUUUAUAUUUUAUGUAUGUGAAAUAUUGAUUGAAGGAUCGAGUGACCUUGGAAUAAGCUGGUGGGUUUAUGCAGGUGCAAACACAAGUGCCAUUUAAAGUAACAGGUAACGGGGGCGCCUGUGAGACUGGGAUUUGUUAUUACAGGCCCUGGAUCAACAGUAAAAUUUGAUACUUGAUUUGAAGUUUUCCUGAUGCAGUACUUUACAUUGCACUAAACCAGUAUGGAAUACCCCAAAUAAUUUACAAGCUGACCAUAGUUUUGAAAAGAUGUAUCAGUAUUCAGUAACGCGCUAAUGACUUAAUAUUAUUAGAUAGAUUAGAUGAUUAAAUCAACUAUUAUUUCAAGGACUAAAUAAAAAGACUGUUUUGUGCCAAGUUAAAAUUUGCAGCUUCUCUGGACAAAUGUUGACUUCUAUGCCUCAAAUGGUGUAUUUAUGCAAAAGCAGUGUUCUAAAAGCCUAUUGUUUUGGACUGAGAGACAAACCCGCAUUUCAAAGGGAAGUGUGUAGUUACCGUUAGGUGAGAUGACCCGAGAAAAGACUGGAAGCAAACUGUUCAGCUGUUUGAGACCGUCUGUGAGGAGACACUACAACUGCCCUGUCUCUUGUUUUGGCAAUAUUCAUCUGCUGGAAACAGUCUGCAUCUUCUGGGAUGUCCAAAGUGAACUUGAGGAGUUUCCUCUCUCUCUCUCUCUCUCUCUCUCUCUCUCUCUCUCUCUCUCUCUCUCUCUCUCUCGUUUUGGAGUUGGACGCAACCCGAAUGGACCCAUCUGAUCUGCAUCCCGGGCUCUGUCUGACGCAGUCCAGAGCCACGCACUUCGCAACAAGCGACAUCAGAGAACUGCUCUGCAACCAGAUGGGGGCUUAGGGGCCGUCCUUGAGCCACAAGGAGAGUCGAACAGAACAGAGCAGAGCAAAACAGAACAGAGAGAUCUGCUCAAAUCCCAGAUCCAAACGACUUGAGUUGGAUAAAAUCCCUGCAAGACUAAAAAUGUUAAACGGUUUCAGCCAGCAGAAAGCCGCAAAGCAAGUCCUGAGAGUGUAGCGGACAAAACGGAGUAAAGCCUGCACUAGCCUUGAAAACAUUAAGGAUGUUGGGGAAGGGAGACAGAAAAAAUGACAUGGCAGUCUUUUAACUCAAUGUGUAUGGGAUUACUUUCUUUGAAUAUUUCGGUGUUCUUUUGCACACAUUUGUUGAAUAAAUUGUAUU